UCAUUAUAGGACAUUAAUCAAGUUAAUAAUAAAGAUGUAGUAAUCACAUUCAUCUUUUAGGUUGGUCUGCAGUAGAUGAGUACUUGAGUGACGAACUAGCAAGCGACUCCGAAGAUGAAAAGAGAAUUAGGCAAGCUCAGGCUCGUGCAGCCAGAAAACGUAAGGCAUCCCGUUCAACGAACAAGGGUAAAUCAGCCAAGAAUGUUGGAAGUUCUCAAUGUCCUUCUACAUCUACUACUUCUGACAACUUUUUUCGUGGCUUUGGGUCAAGAAAUCGAUUUCCGCUUGGGAGUGGCACCAACCCAUCUACAAGCAGUUGGCGUGGGUAUGCAAGUGGCCCCAGACCCACCGAUUACUGUUUUGCCUGUGGUAAACAAGGGCAUUGGAGGAGAGGUUGCCCAGGUGGCAGGAACCAAGGUUCAUCCUUCAGAGAUGGCCAACAGAGUUAAGGGAUCCCUUGAUCAUAAUCAAACUGAACAAGCUUUAAUAACGAAUGAACCUCAACAGGGAGAUGUAACAGCCCAAUCAAACCGGAAUAUAUUGAAUACUCCUGGUCCGUCUACUGCGGGUCCUCAAUUAAUUCACACAGAAACAGAGUCUCGUUGGGGUUGCGGCGAAACCGUGACAUCUAGUAACGUCAGUGCUACUUCGACAGGAUAUUCCGGGUAUGAGGAAGAUUUUUAUUUGAGAAAUUAUUAUGAGUAUGAACAAGGAAAUUCAGAACCUUUGGUUAAAGGUAGAUUGAAGGCAUCCGUAAAAUUUUGGAAAUCAAUUGAUGCACCUCAAUUUGUUAUAGAUGUCAUUGAGCAAGGUUACAAGUUACCUUUUUUACAUACACCCCCUAAAACAAAAAUGAAAAAUAAUAAGUCGGCAUUGAAUUAUCCAGAAUUCGUUUCUGAAGCCAUUAACGAUUUACUUAAAAAGGGUUUGAUUGUUGAAUUCGCUAGUGCACCUUUUGUCGUUAAUCCCCUUUCAGUUUCAAUUCAGAGCUCAGGUGAACUGGCCGGAUAUGCUUAA